AUGCAGAAGUCGGUGAGGGUAGACGAUUACUUUGAUAAUGACGACGGCGGCGUUUGGUCGUGGUAUCUUAUGAACAUACGUAGCGGAAAUUUUGAGGAAGUCAGCAAAAACAGACUGAAGGCCACGCUUUUGAAGAGGUUCUUGAACGAAAGGUUCGAUCCUUCCAACAAUCAGCACCACCGGCCGAACACGAAGAUUUUAUUCAUAUCGAUUCCGGAUAAAGUGCACCGAGAUAGGAUACUUUUGGAGAAUUUUCUUAGAGACUACUUCCAUUUGGAACGCUUGGAACACAUCCAAAUAACGAGACUAACCCAUGGUAAGAUUUACAACCACGAGAAUCAUUAUAUCUUGAUCGACACGAUGAACAAUUUUGAAGAUCCGCGAUUUUUGAAGUUGGUGAACACCAGAUGGCCACAAUGCGACAUUGCCGCCAAAGAAUUGACCAAUAGUAAUAAUAAGAGCAGCACCUAUAGUCCUAAUAACAUCAACAAUAGUCAUAAUAAAACUAAUAACAAACGUGGCAGGAGUAAUCACAACGAAGAUCCAAGGUCUUAUGGGACUGUGUCGGAGCGUACAGAUUCAUCGAAGUCGCUGCCUACCUCACAGCCGUAUUCGAGCGGCAUGCAAAAUGGUAUCGGAUCAGCCUCUGGAGAUAAUAUGCAGUUGCAGCAAAGGGUUGAGGUUAAAUCUGUACUAUCAGAAAGCGUAAACGAAAACGACGAUACUCUUAGUACUAGAUUUUUCAAUGACGAGCAAGGUCACGAGACAGGUUCAGAAGAAGCUCACAAGGCUGAAGAAGAUCAAGAUUAUCAAGACGAUUACGGUGAGUCGAUAGUACUCGAUUUCCCACACACAAUUGUACGAAAACAAUUCACUAAAAUGAAUUUAUACAGUCCAGCACAAUCAGAAAAUGUAUCUUUCAAUAGUUAUGAGGAUAAUCUCAAGGAUGCUGGCAGUGAAAGUGCAAGUGAAGAUGAAUCAGAAAUUACAAGCUAUCCCGGUCAACCCUUAACUUUAACGGUAACAAGACAAGAAGAUGGUUUGACAAAUGGUUCACAGAGUUCUCAGGAAGGACAAAACCAUGAUUCGGUUUCGGAACUAUCAAGUGUGAGCAGGUCUCUACAUAGUCUUGGUUCAACAACUUCUUUGGAUGAAGAUGAUAACAUUGAUGUUGACAGUGAUUCCUCUGAUUAUUCUGUCCUAUCAAUUCUACCUUCAAUAUCAAUAUCCGAUUCAUUGGGCCAUUUCAGAUUAGUGUUACAAUUGUCACUUGUGCAAAACCCAGAAACGAAAGAAAUUUUCACAGCAAUAAGACAAUCAAAUAAUGAACCAACUGUUGCUAAUGUAGAGGAUGACUGGUUAUUGUAUGAUUCGAAUUUCUCAAUGGAUAAUCUACAAAUGCUUACAUUACAAGACUUUUUGGAUAGCAAUAGAUCAUUUCCAAAGAUAAUAUUUUAUAGCAUGAUUGUUGUCUCAGAUGACGAAGACGAAUCUACGCAACCAAAAAGUCCGCAACCUCUGCUUUCAACAAACAAUGCAUUUGAUCCCUCGCAACAUACCUUAUUGAGGGAUUCUUUGAAUAAUGAUCAUGUAUCAGAUAUUGAAUCAGAUCUUUCAUUAUCGAACGAGCCAAAAGGUUUUUAUCCUGCUUCUGACCGCGACGAAACUGAUAACGAUUAUGAGUACGAUGAUGCUUCGUUAUCAGAAAAAUCUGACCCCAGAAUGUUUGCUCCAACAAGAAUUCAAUCGAAUGCAACUGCUCACAGAUCCAUUCGCACUGUGAAUAGCAUUGGUGAUUGGGCUUUUCUUCACAGUCAUAAUGAUGUUCAUCCAUCGGGCAAGAUGAAUUUAAGCAAUGAUUCACAACCGACCGAACAAAAUGUUCACUUUAAUAAAGAUGCCAAUGGAUUGCAUCUCUCUGCGGUCAACACUUCAUCAAAAGGAGGGCUGUCCAAGGUUAAUACGGUAGCGUCAAUGGGUGCUGUUGAAAGAUCAAAGAGUACUCCUUUGCCUGUUAUAUUGAAAUCUUUAUCCAUUGACAAUGAAGGUAAACGCUGGAAGUCCAGAAUGGAAGCGUUCAGAAAAAAAAGAUCUCACAGGAGCAAUAAUGGUGAAAAGAAUUGUGCAAUAAUGUAA